AUGUUCCAUAUGAUUGAUUUCUCACAACAAAAAUACCGUAAUAAAGAAACUGUGCCUUCUAAUACAAUAAAUCAACUGCAGCAGAGAACUCUUAAUUUCCCUUUAAUUGCUGACAAUACUCAUAAAAAACAUUACUUUGAUGAAAUUAAUGAUACAGAUGAUGAUGAAUCCAAUGAACAUAAUGAUAACUUAGAUGAAUGCAGUAAUGAUGAAUACAAUGAACUUCCACUUGAUGGAAAACCUUAUAUGUGUCCCAAGGAAAUAAAAUUGUGCAGACAUAAAUAUUUUUCACGGCUAAUUAAUCAAAAAUAUAUUGAUUGA